AUGACCUCAUCCCUACUUCGAAAUAUAGAACAGCACGACAUCUGCUGCGUUAUCGCCUAUCAAACACCCAUGUUGUUGCCAGGGCUGACAUCUUACAGUAUUCCUGGUGCCUGUAGGGCCUUUGCCGUGCGAUACGUGGGAUUCCGUCCGCAGCGGAGCGAGGGCUCUGCCGAUAUGCCAUGCUGUGGUGCUAGUUGCAGUCUGAUGUCUGCGAGUCUCUGCAGGGAGGCCAUGAACCCGGACUCGGCCUACUCGAAGCUGAAGCUUUCGCGGCAACGAGGCACUGUGUCUGAGAUGUUUGCUUGGCUUGAAAGACUAGAAUCUGCCUGCCUCACUUUCAGGCAACAUGCUCUCAAUCUUGGGCUGAAGGAAGUAUAUCAACUUGCGGAGACUCCUUCGGUUUUGAUUCUGGACAUCACCAUUCCAUUCUCCCCUUUCCUCCUUCCGUCUCACAUCUUUUCCGAGCAUCCCUCCAACCCGCAAUCUCCUCCGACCUGCAAUCUCCUCCAAAGUCAAAAGAAUCCCAAAACCAAAGACUCCAUCAGCCCACAGAAAGAAUCAAAAGCCAUGGGCAAGAACAAGAAGGGCGGGAAGUCCGCUGCUCAGCCAGCCAAAGGCAAGGCGGACAAGAAGUCCGUUCAUCCACUCUGUAUCCGAUAUCCCGACCUAGAGACCGCUCAUGAUCCGAAGACCCACAGCCUGGAGGACUGCAUUCUGCAAACCCCUGGCAACUCCAAUUCCAACAAGAAGCGCUGGUCGGGCUUUCCAUCACCAGAAAAUGAGCCCUUCGACCUCAACUCCCUCUCUCCGCACCAAUGUCAGAAGCUCCUCGACGAGGUCCAGGCCAAGAACGACCAAGCCGUAGCCGGCAUGGCCAGCCGGUUCAUGGUCAUCAGCAACACGGAAGAUUAUCGCAAGGCCGCCAAGUCCCAGAAGAUACCCAUCACGAAGAAGAUUCUCGACUACGCUCUCGACACUGCGAUCAAAAACAAAGCGAGCGUCCCGGAGCAGAGCAGCGGCAACGGCGAUGGCAAAGCCAGCGGCAGUAAGAAGGGCAAAGCCAAGGCCGGCGAGACGACCCCUUCCGAGCAGCCCGAUCCAUCGACUCUUUAUAUCAGCAAAUUAGCCAUUACUGAGAAGCCACACAACGCAUUUGUCGCAGAGCAGUUCAUGAAGACGCCACUCUCCCAGCUGGGUCACGAGACCUACGCAGCGCCAUCAGCUGCUCAACGACAGGAUGCAAGCGCAUCGUCUCACAGAGAUGAAGCACAGCCCCUCGAUGACCCAGACCCAAGGAAUAUCCCCGCCCAAGCGGCCAGCAUCAACCAUACUGCAAUCGGCUCUGUCGCGGACUUCACCCCACCGCAUGGCACCCCAAGCAGCAACAUGCCCUUGCGCACCUCAUUGGCAACCAAAGACAACAAGACCCCAGUCCCCACAAAUCACUUCACCCCACCCGCGCCAAGAAGCGCACCCAUGAUCCUUGACAUGAUUGAGCACGACCCUCUGCUAUGGAAAGAGCGUGAUCAUAUCGCCACCGACUGCCAAAAGAAGAUCAUCUCCGAUCGACCUCUCUACAACGAUGUUCAGCUCAUCACAGUCAAUGACUAUGUUCCGGGAACGAGAGAUGCUCCCAAAGCCCACAAGCUGGAACUCCAAUAUGUGGCCUGCCAUCAGAUGGACAGCCUCCUCGAAUAUGUCAACGGCGCGGAUAUGGAGUACAGCGACCAUGGUGCAACUGACGCAUUGAACAUCGUCCUGUCCAAAGCAGUGACUGAUGGCAACCGAGACACAUUCCAAGUCGGUACCAACAGAUUCUACUUCCGCGCAGGGUGGCACGACAUCGACGACGGCCUCAUCGCGGUCCGCGGCUACUUCUCGUCGAUCAAGCCGUCCAUGGGCAACAUCCUCCUCAAUGUCAACACUGUCACGAGCCCUUUCUACAAGGCCCAGGAUGUUUCGAAGUAUCUGGAACUGCCAAACCUCCAGAAUAAGAACGCCGCGGAAAGCUUCUUGGCGAAGCGCCGUGUCUACGUGAACUUCAAGCGGAAUGAUGACCCCAACGAACAAGGCCGCAGCGUGAAUAGUCUCAGUCGCCGCUGCAAGACUCUCGUUUCACUAGGUGCGAAGCCAAAAGAGCAACAGUUCUUCGAGCACGGUACCAAGAAGAGCGUCUGGAAGCACCUCCGCAGCAAGUACAUCAACGACACUCCCGAGACGUGCGAGAAGUACUUCACGGCCAAUGUUGGGAGCAAUGGCGGCGAGAAUGGCGAGAACGGCAAGUACUACAUGGCGACUCAGCUCAAGGUUCUCCCUGGCCAGCCAUACAACGGUCAACUGUCGGCAAGUGCUACGUCGAAAAUGAUCGACUACGCCCGUCGCGGACCUCGCGAGAAUGUCGACACCAUUAUGGGCGAAGGCAUGACCUCUCUGCAGCUGCAGAAGCUCACUCAGCCCUUGAUCACUGCUUUGGGUCUCACCAUCAGCCAAGUUAUGGCAAAAGAUCGCUGUGCCAAGCCCCGUCAGUAUCACCGCAGCAGUGGCAUCGAUCGAGGAGAGAAGCUACUCCCCUUUGUUCGAGUAUCGGAAUUCUAUCAGUCCGAACACUGGGUCUGGCAAUCUACUGCUAGGUAA